AUGAGCUGGAGCUUCCUCACGCGGCUGCUGGAGGAGAUCCACAACCACUCCACCUUCGUGGGGAAGCUGUGGCUCACCGUGCUCAUCGUCUUCCGCAUCGUUCUCACCGCCGUCGGGGGAGAAUCCAUCUACUACGAUGAGCAGAGCAAGUUUGUCUGCAACUCGGGCCAGCCGGGCUGCGAGAACGUCUGCUACGAUGGCUUUGCCCCUCUGUCUCACGUACGCUUCUGGGUCUUCCAGAUCAUCUUGGUGGCGAUGCCCUCGCUCAUGUACAUGGGCUACGCCAUCAACAAGAUUGCACGAUUAGAUGAAGCGAAGGGAGGAGGGGGAUCUGCUGCAGUCAGAACAGGAGGAGGGGGCUACACUCACAGGAAGCCCAGGAAAAUCUGCUUUGGAGCGCGGCAGCACCGGGGGAUCGAGGAGACCGAGGAGGACCAGGAGGAUGAUCCCAUGAUCUAUGAGGUGCCAGAGAUCGAGCCCCCUAAAAGGCCUCGGGAUCCACUGCAACCCGCACCCAGACCUAAAAUCCGGCACGAUGGACGCAAACGCAUUCGAGACGAGGGUUUGAUGAGGGUGUAUGUUUUGCAGCUGGUGACCCGCACGGUGCUGGAGGCGGGCUUCCUUGCAGGCCAGUACUUGCUGUACGGAUUCCGUGUGAUGCCGGUGUUCGUGUGCUCGAGGGAACCUUGUCCUCACAGCGUGGACUGCUUUGUGUCGCGGCCGACAGAGAAGACCAUCUUCCUGCGUAUCAUGUAUGGCGUCACUGUCCUCUGCCUCACGCUCAAUGUUUGGGAGAUGCUCCAUUUGGGGAUUGGCUCCAUCUGUGACAUUCUUCGGCGGCGGCGCUGCCCACCUCCGGAGGACGAGUACCAGUUGGGUUUACUGGGCACCAACGGAGGUGUGGAGGGCUCUGUCGGGGUGGCAGGGCCCGAGGCGAGUUCCGAGGGAGGGGUGGGUGGAGAUGGGGCUGCUGAUUACGUGGGUUACCCCUUCUCGUGGAACACUCCAUCUGCUCCACCCGGCUAUAACAUUGUGGUCAAACCUGAGCAGAUGCCCUACACAGACCUCAGCAACGCCAAAAUGGCGUGCAAGCAGAACCGGGCAAACAUUGCCCAAGAGGAGCAGCAGCAGUUUGGCAGCAAUGAGGAUAAUUUCCCCACAGGAGGGGAGGCCCGUGUGGCCCUGAACAAAGACAUGAUCCAGCAAGCUCACGAGCAACUGGAGGCGGCCAUCCAGGCGUACAGUCAGCAGCACCGAGCAGAUGAGCAGCUCGGGGACAACAAGGACGACAAGCCACAGAGUAACAUCAUCCAGGCCCACCCUCAGCCACAGCCGCAGCCUCAGAAAGAGCGCAAGCAUAAAUUCAAACACGGCAAAGGGGGCAGCAGCGGAGGAGGCAGCAGCAGCAACAGCAGCAGCAGCAAAUCAGGAGAGGGAAAACCCUCCGUAUGGAUUUAA